AUGAAUUCAAGUCUGAAUGCCAAUUCUUAUUUUUUUCGAAAACCCCCAAUGCUAACUUAUAUGGUCCGUUUUCUUUACUGUUAUCCAUCUCCCUUUCCUAUAGCUCCAGCGGUUACCGAUCUUCCAGAAUGCCGGGGAGAUCUUUCUCUUUCUUUGUUUAUAACAAGUUUCACAAGCACGAAAGAAAGAACAAUACUGUACGCCAAAAGCCGCCUAAAGACGCAUAUUCCCGUCAAUUUAUGUGACCGGUACCACUAUAUACCUAAGGCACCUCUAUACCAAUGUAGAAUGCCCUGUUUAUACUCUAUAUAG